AUUCACGAGAAGUUAAAAUGAGAAAUGAAGGCUCACUCACGUCACAUUUGCACAUUUACCCUCGCUAAAUAAGUAGAAUCGCCCACAUUUGCACCGUCUUCCUCACUCAUCAAGUUACCAAUUAACCACUCCGUACUAUAUCUGGUAUUAAUCUUAUAAUCUCUCCCCUUUUGAUUAUUUAUUUUUCAUAUUUUUUGAUUUUUUUUUUAUUGUUUCCUUUAAUUAGCAGAAAUGUGGUGAGUAAUGAGACCAUAUUUAUUUACUAAUUAAUGAUCUUAUCUUUUGAUGUAUCAACCCAUUUAAUCAAUAUUUUCCCCCCUAAAAGAUUUGAUCUUUACUUAAUCUAUUACGAAGUAUUAGAAAUAAUUUGUUUUUCUUUGAUAUGAUCAGAUAUAAUUGUGCUUAAAUUGUCCUGCAUGUUUUGAGAUUAGUAAGUUAUUGUUUAUUUAGUUGAAUUGCUUGCUAAUUGCUAUGCAUUUCCUCUUUUCUUGCCGGAAUUGUGGAUUCUUAUUGACUGUUUUGUUUUCGUUUAAAUUUUGAAUGUGUGCCUUGAAAGAAUGAAUGGCGGGAUGAAUUGAAAUUCGAGUGUUAGGGUUUUAGAGAUGUUUGGUGCAUUUACUAUGUUAUUACUCAAAGCAAUAUCGACUAGGGUUUUCGAGUUUUUUUAUUCCCGCAUUUUCAAGUUUUUGAGAUGUUUGGUUAUCUAUGAUGUUAUCAGAUUGUUUGGAAAUUUUACACUUUGCUGUAUAUGCUUAUUCUUCCAGUUAAGCUUUUGCUUUGGUGGGUGAAGCUCUGCAUUUUCGGGUUUUAGUUGUUAUCUAUGUUGCCAUCUGAUUGUUUAGAAAUUUAACAUUAUCUUAGGCUGUAUUUGCUUAUAUUUCAGUUGAGCUCUUGCUUUGGUGGGUGAAGUUAAGUGAAAAUUAUGGAUUUUCCAUUGAUAUUGAUCAUGGAUAUACUGUCUAGACUUCCAGUCAAGUCUCUUUUAUGCUAUCGUUGUGUAUCUAAAUCAUGGAAGUAUUUAAUCGACAACCCUUAUUUCAUUAAGCUCCAACUGCAGUACUCCUUGGAAAAUACCACUAAUCUUGUCUUGAUCAUAAGAGGUGGUUAUCUUUACUCGGCACACUUCCCUGGACUCAAUGAGGCUAUUGUGAUAGACCAUUCUUUGAAAUGUGGAUAUAUUGGAACUGAGGUUUUGGGUUCUUGCAAUGGGCUGUUGUGUUUGUCAAAUGGGGAAAGUCAUGGUAAAAAUGGUACAAUUAUCUAUAAUCCAGUAACCAGAAAGUCCCGGGAAGUGCCUGCUUCGAAACUUAAAAUCCCCUAUGGAUAUGAGUCCGUGAUAUAUGGCUUUGGUUAUGACCUUGUUAAUGAUGAUUAUAAGGUGGUUAGGGUUAUUCAGUAUUCUACUGAGCAUCCUGACUUUUAUGAUAGUGAAGUCAAGGUUUUUAGUUUGAAGGCAAACUCUUGGAGAAGGAUUCGGGACUUUCCUCGUGAAUAUUACCUUUCUUACAAAAGGGGAUGGGGGGUUUAUGUCAGUGGCUGUUUACAUUGGAUGAUAACCUUGAAGCCUGACUCAAAUGGGUCCAAAUUGAUUGUUGCAUUUGAUUUAAGUUCGGAAGUUUGUAAGGCUGUGUUACUUCCUAAGAUUUCAGCUGGUGAAGUUCAUUUGACUGUCGAAGUCUUGGGUCAGUUCUUAUCUCUCCUAGUCAAUUAUCCCUCCAAUCGGAGUGAAGUGUGGGUCUUGAAAGAGUAUGGUGUAGUGGAAUCUUGGUCUAAGUUGUUCACAGUUUCACAGCCAGAUAGUAUUGGACCUUUUGAAUAUGUGAGGCCUAUUGCUUACUCAAAGGACGGAUCUAAAGUGCUCCUUGAACAAGACCUUCAAAAGCUUAUUUGGUAUGAUGUGGAAAGUCAAAGUGCUGCAGAUGUGAAAAUCCCUGGCUUGAUUUGAUGCCGAAGAAAAACAUUAAAUCUGGAAUCAUUCCUGAUAAGCUACUUUCUUUGAUAUGAGACCAUAUAUAUUUACAAAUUAAAGAUCUUAUCUUUUGAUAUAAUCCAUUUAAUCAAUAUUUUCACCCCUUAAAGAUUUGAUCUUUACUUUGUCUAUUAUUAGAAAUACUACGUAAUUUGCUUUCCUUUGAUAUGAUCAGAUCAGAUAUAGUUAUGCCUAAAUUGUCCUACAAGUUUUGAUAUUUGUAAGUUAUUGUUUAU